AUGACUCUCCUCGUGCUGCAAGAAACUCCGGCCGGAUAUGCGUUGUUCAAAGCGAGAGACAAGAAGCUGCUGAAGCGAGACGACAUCGCAUCGCAGUUUGACAGUGUCGAAAAGGUAUGCGAGCAGCUCAAGCUCAAAUCUUUUGCCAAAUUCGACAGCGCCGCCGCUGCGCUUGAAGAGGCUGCAGCUGUUGUCGAGGGCAAGGUCACACCACAACUGUCGACAUUGCUCAGCACUGUCAAAGAUGAGAAGAAACUUAGUUUGGUGGUUGCCGACCCAAAGCUGGGUAAUGCUAUCGGAAAACUCCCCGGCCUAGACAUCAAGGCCGUCGCCGAUUCGACCACCGCCGACAUCUACCGCGCCGUACGAGAGUAUAUCCACGAGCUUGUCCCUGCGCUUAGUGAAGCCGACACCAAGACCAUGUCUCUCGGUCUGUCGCACUCGAUGGCACGACACAAACUCAAGUUCUCGGCCGACAAGGUUGAUGUGAUGAUUAUCCAAGCCAUUGGUCUGCUUGACGAUCUCGACAAAGAGUUGAACACCUAUGCCAUGAGGGUCAAGGAAUGGUAUGGAUGGCACUUUCCAGAGAUGGCCAAGAUCCUCAACGACAAUCUGGCUUAUGCGAAAGUGGUGCUGAAGAUGGGCAUGCGCGAGAACUGGGAGUCGACUGACCUGGCCGAGAUUCUACCCGAAGAAAUUGAACAAGCCGUCAAGAUCGCCGCUGACAAAUCUAUGGGCACCGAGAUCACGGAUGAAGAUCUGGAAAACAUUCAAAGCCUUGCAGAGCAGGUGGUACAGUUCUCCGAGUACCGCACACAACUCGGUAGCUACCUUUCAGCUCGCAUGGCCGCCAUUGCUCCGAACCUCACUGCGCUAGUGGGCGAGCUUGUCGGUGCUCGCUUGAUUGCCCACGCUGGAAGCCUGAUGUCCCUAUCUAAGAACCCUGCCAGUACUAUCCAGAUUCUCGGCGCCGAGAAGGCCCUGUUCAGAGCCUUGAAGACUAAGCACGAUACCCCCAAAUAUGGCCUCAUCUAUCACUCUUCGCUCAUCGGUCAAGCUUCUGGAAAGAACAAGGGCAAGAUGGCACGCGUGCUUGCGGCCAAAGCAGCCUUAGGUCUCAGAGUCGAUGCUUUGCAUGAGUGGGAGGACGAGGAGAACGUCGGUGAGGAAGAGAAGGCCGCCCUAGGCCUUGAAGCUCGUUCCUAUCUCGAACGCAAGCUUGCAUCGAUCGAGGGCAAGCCGCUCAAAUCGAAGGGCGUCGCUAUUGGCCCAGAUGGCACACCCGCGACCACUCAGCCCAAGAAAUGGGACAUUAAAGAAGCCAAGAAAUACAAUGCCGAUGCCGAUGCUCUCGAUGGUGAUGAGGGCGCGGCUGUCGCUGAGUCGAAGAAGUCGAAGGGCAAGAAGCUGAUCGAAGAGAUCCCCGAUACCGAGAUGACCAAUGGCGUCAGUGAAGACGAAUCAGAGGCCGAGAAAGAGUCCGAGGACGACGAGGCAGCUGCCAAAGCUGCCCGCAAAGCCGAGAAGCGGAAGCAGAAAGAGGAGAAGCUGAUGCGCAAGCUUGAGCGAAAAGAGAAGAGGGAAUCCAAAGGACACAAGAAUGAGUCCACGGAUAUUGAUCUCGAAACGAUUGCAGCGAAGGUCGGCGUUAGCGCGAAGAAGCUCAAGAAGAAGCUAGAUCGUGGCGAAAUGGUGAUUGACGCCAAUGGUGACGCAGUAAAAGUCAAGAGCACGAGCGAGGAUGUCGUACCUACCACGAAUGGCACAUCAGAUGUUACGAAGAAGUCGAAGCGGAAGCGGGAGGAGGACGAGCCUUCAAUAAAGUCUGAAAAGAAGAAGCGCAAAGAGAAGGCCUGA